GUUUAAGCUCUGUUUUCUUCUGGAACUUUCCUUUUUGCCUUUAUGGCUUCCCCUAUAAAUACCAAAUCUUUGUUUCAUUGACGACAAGACAAAUUCACUCUGAUUUUAAUCCCUGACUAUACAGCAAAACCUAAAAGCUUAACGAAAACCGAUGGCGAUUAUCUCUGAGAUGCAGGAGGAGAGACCCUCGGCUUUGCCGUUUAGGGCAAGUUUUGAUCCUUCAAGCCCACUCGAGUUUUUGGAGAAAGUCCUCGACUUUAUUGGUAAAGAGAGCAGCUUUCUGAUGAAAGACACGGCGGAGAAGGAGAUCGCCACUGCUGUUAAGGCCGCAAAGGAGAGGUUGAGACAGGCGGAGAAGAAGAAGGCGGAGAAGGAGAUCUUGAAGCCCAUCGAGAAGAAGCCGAAGACGGACAGUGUGCCACUGCCUCCGAUGGAACCCAUGGAGGUGGAGAAGCCGGAGAAGGAAAGCUUGAAGCCAACGGAACCCAUGGAGGUGGAACAGCCGAAGGAGGAAGAGAAAAAAGAAUCUGGUCCUAUCGUUCCUAACAAAGGGAAUGGGCUUGAUUUUGAGAAGUACUCGUGGACACAGAACCUUCAGGAGGUCACUGUUACCAUUCCAGUACCUAGCGGCACUAAAUCACGGUCUGUCACCUGUGAAAUCAAGAAGAACCGUUUGAAAGUUGGUCUCAAAGGGCAAGAACCAAUCAUCGAUGGAGAGUUCUUCCAUCCUGUGAAGCCUGAUGACUGCUUCUGGAACAUCGAGGAUCAAAAGGUCAUAUCAGUGCUCUUGACAAAGCAAGACCAGAUGGAGUGGUGGAAAUACUGUGUGAAGGGAGAGCCUGAGAUAGACACUCAGAAGGUUGAACCAGAGAGCAGCAAGCUGGCUGAUCUCGACCCGGAAACUCGCAGUACCGUUGAGAAGAUGAUGUUUGAUCAGAGGCAGAAGCAGAUGGGACUCCCAACGAGUGAUGAGAUGCAGAAGGAUGAUAUCAUGAAGAAGUUUAUGGCUCAGCAUCCUGAGAUGAACUUCUCUAACGCAAAGUUUAACUGAUUUUUCUUCCAACUCUUGUUCCCUCUUCUCUUAACGAUAUUAAGAUACUCUUCUCUUAAGCCAAUUUUUGUAUCUAAUGAUCAUGUUGUCAUGGCUUUAAGAUGAAAUCAGUCCUUUUGGUUUAUUUCAAGACUGCUUAGUCAUGUGUUCAAAACUGGUUUGGUUAAAAGUUCUCGUCUACAACACUUGUGGUCUAAACUUGGUUUACGCGAAUAUAAAUCUCUUAUGAGCGUCUAAAUCAUUCAUUCAAUCUAAU